CAGUUGCCUGAAGGCAGCACUGCGAUUCAGAAGAUGGAGAAUCUUCUCUUCACUCUGAAGAGCGUUAGUGCCACAUGGCUGAGCCCCAGCUCCGUUUCCUGGGUGGUGGAGAUCACCUUUGCCUUCCUGGGUGGGGUGGGGCUCUUCCUUUUGUUACUCCCCUGUCUCCAGAAGGAUGGAUCCUUACCAUCAAAGAGGAAAAAGAGAAACCUGAGGAAGCAUCAGGUGGAGACAAGGAGCAGCAGGAGCAGGAAGAGUGGCGCUCUACAUGCCUGUAGAGAUGGCCUGGGGGAACUGAAGGAGGUUCAAGGCCUGAUCUCACUUCUGCAAAGCCACCUGGCGGAGAUCCCUGACCCUCCAGGUGAGGUGUGCAAACCAGCACCUGCCAGAGCCCACCAGCCAUGCUGGAAGAAUUUGGAAGAUUCUGCUCCUGUCACCUUAUCCCCACUCACUAUCCAGGCUCCUCUGGUUGAGUGUCCUCUGCCUGUGGCCUCCACCCUGUCACCAGGCCAACGGACUUCCACCGUUUCUGUUGAGUCACGCUCACCCCUGAGUGCCUCUCAGCCAUCAGAGCCUUUGCUCCCCCCUGACAGCCUCUCAACCCCGCCACUCGCACCUGUCCCUCCCCUAUCACGACCCCCUGACCCUGUGGCCUCCCAUUUGCCUCCAGCAGACUCCAGCCUGAGUACUUCUCAGUGGAACACAAUGGCACUCCCACUGGGCUCCAUCCCACAGAGCUUGUCUCCACACAACUGCUGGUUGACGUCUCCCACCCCAGCGAUCUCCAGCCUUAGUCACCCAAGCUGUCCCAUCCCAGCCCUCUCCUGGUGGCAGAUGGCUGCCAAGGUCUCGUACCUCCCCACCUCGUCACAGGGUCAAUCCCAUCAAGAGGGUGUUUCCCACCACCCAACAGAGGCCCCGUUUUCGGGAGACCCCACACAAAGCUACCUGGAGGCUGGUGGCCCCUCUUUUGUCAACCCUAAUAUCCAGAAGCUAUUGGAGAGGCUAAUCACCAAGAGAACAGGACAGAAGAUCAGGAACGACAAACAAAAAGAGAAAUCAGACUAUUCCCUGGAUUCUCUGGGGAAUACAUUAAAAUCACUGGGUGACAAGCAGGACACCAGAACCCCGCAACCCUUCUGGAGCAUGAAAGACAAACCAAAGCAGCUGCCUGGUCCUGAGCAGCUCUCUGAUCCCAAGGUCUUAGAGGACCAUUUACAGCGGAAAACCAGCCAGCACUACUGGGGCCUCCCGUUUCUGCACAGUGAGUCCCUGGUGGCAACAAUCAGGGUCUCUGGUUCCCCACUGGAGUUUCCCUCUGUUUUAUUCAAUGAACUCUCUCAUUCCUUUCCAGUACAAAAUCAGACUCAACUAUCUCCACAAUUUUUUCAACCCCGACUCUGGUCCCCCCAUGUGCCCCAACCCCAACCUCUAACUCCAGCCUUGCCGCUGUCCCAGCCCUCACCUCUGGCUGAGACCCACAGCCAGCCCCACACCUCAUCCUGUCUCCCCAUCCCACCGUGCUACUCACCACAGAUCGUGGCCCGGGGAGCAGCUUGUCCUACAGACCAGAUGCAGGCCGAACUUCUAAUCCCAACUUCUAUCCCACGUGUGGAUUGUCACCCUUCAAAGAAGGAACAAGAAAGUAGGAGGGAUUUACCCACCAUGGUCCAGAACCCUCAGGAAGCCUUUAACCAACUCACCCCUGAGAGUGAGGCCUCCCAAGAAAACGAGUCAGUCUCCCUCCUCCCAGGGGACUUCAUUAGCCCUGAGCUCCGGGAGCAACUGGAGAAACACCUUCAACGGAGGUUCACGCAGCACUGCUGUGGGCUGUCACCUAAGCUCCGGGAGCAACUGGAGAAACACCUUCAACAGAGGUUCACGCAGCACUGCUGUGGGCUGUCACACAGGCCCCACGUGUCUCCAGACCUGAUACAGCCUCAGGACCUUCAGCAGAGGUUCACACAACACUGCUGUGGACUGUCCCACAGGCCCCACAUGUCUCUGGACCUGAUACAGCCUCAGGACGAAUUCCCAGGGAUUUCUCAGCCUCAGGACGAAUUCCCAGGGACUUCUCAGGUAAAGGACAGGCAUGGGCCCUCUGUGUUUGUAGGUGGGAGCAGCCAGAACACGCAGAAAAUGGAGUCCAGGGGCCCAGCCAAAUUCCAGCUUGGGAAGAUCCCAAGCAAGGACCCAAAACAGUGUCUGUGGAGCGUCCUAGAACAUCUACCCAGGGCUUCGGAAAGCAGCUCAGGGAAAGUUCCAGAAGCCAAAACUGAGAAAAAGUCAGAAAGGGACUGGAUGACGCCAUUGGGAAGUGACUCAGGAAAGGACUCACCAAGGAGCUCGGACAUGAAGCAUCUAGAAGACACUGCAGAAGUCCUUUUGCACAGGAAAGUGGGGGAGGUCAAUGAGGACAUGGUCCCUGUGGGUGUUCAUCAUCCCAGUCUUGCUAAUGGCCAUGUCCUGUCUCCGGAAAACUCAAACACUCACAUGGAAACUGGAAAUCUAGCGCCCUCCAAGGGCAAGGUGUCCCACGUAAACACCUCCCAGCAGCUUUCCUUCCUUGAUGUACACACUCGACAGAUGCUGGAAGCACAUAUUAAAAGUUUUCAGGCAAGCCAUGAGUGGGGCCCGACCCUCAAGGUCCACAAGCCCCCAUAUCUUAAGGUACGAAAAGCUCAACCCUUGUCCCUUUCACAGCCUGCCUUUCCCUCAUCAGCCACCACUGAAUCUGGGGCCAAAUGCACAGCUGAGGCUGCCAAUGUCCCAGGAGAACCUCCUCACAAAGAUCCGGGAGAGAAGGUGGCAGGAAAAAUGUCACUUUCCACCCUGUGUCGUCCCCUCCCUGUCCCCUUGCCUGUGUGUAAGGAAGCCCAGAGGUCUGCAUACAACACAGAGACCAAAUCUGGUGACAAGUGCAGGCCCUCAGAGGACCCUCUGAUAGGACAGGAGGGCAGGUGGCCUUCUCAGCCCCUCAUAUGUAAUGCCAUGGGCACAACCUGUCACAGUGCGAAUGUGCUGGGGGCUAAGAGAGACAGCCUAGAGCUGAGUGCAGGCCCAGCGAUGUCCAGGAGCAGCCAGGGGCAGGAGAAGCCCAGGAACCCAAAAUUUCAGAAACCACAGAAGAGCCUGAGCCAGAUGUUUGGCCCUACUGACCAGAGAGGGGGCCACAGGAGGCCCGCACAAGGAAACCAUGAACAAACACUCGUAGGACUAAGCCCCCCUGCAAAGGACAGGAAGCCAGUAAAGUUCUUAAGUACCCAGUCCUCCCAGCUCCCACCAGAGAAGGGACAGGCACCUCCAGAAAGCCACUUCAAGAAAAGGAUCAGGCACUUUCUUCAGUGGAUUGUCCCCAGUGAAAAAGGCAAAGGGCAGAAAGAUCCCCUGCAAAAAGGCAAGCCAGCAUCAGCCCCUGCCCGGAGCUGGGUACCAGUCCCAAGCGGACUGUUUGCGGACAACUGCGUGGCUGAAGCCCAGGCGCUCAUGACUGCUGUUGGACAGAUCCUAGAGGAGAAAAUGGGGCUUCACCAUGAAGUUUCUGCCUCGACAGCCCCAGUGGGAGGGCGUUCCUGCCACCACAGGGGUCCCUCCUACCCAGAGCAAAGAACGGUGGUGAGAGGUAUGGCCUGCUGUCACCAUGCCACUCCAGUGGGUCACAGCCAUCCUGUCAAGUACAGGUGGAUCAGAGACGGGAACAGCAGUGGGGCCUCACUUCCCAGGGAGAGUCCCUGCCAGCAUAGGCCACUGGCGGUGAGAGCCUCAGUCCGCUCCAUUCACUGCCCUAGACACUGUCAUCUUCAGAGAGGUGUCUGGUCUGGUCAACCAGUUCAUACUUCUCACCCCUUUCUGGGUGGGAAAAGUUUUCCCCCAGAAUACCUUCAGCCCCCACACAAAUAAUCUCUCUUUCCCCCACGUCACCAGUACCUCUGUGUGCUGAUGGCUGCUUCUUCCCAAGAUAUGCACUGUUUCCUAAUAUAUGUUUUUCCUCCUCAGA